UCUGGGCAGAGUGAAAUGUGCACUGAUCCCUCCCGUGGAUCCGCCACUGGUGUCCCGUGCGCACACCAGACCGCAUCCAGCUGACGGCCAGUUACUCUCCCGCUGGACACUGAUCGCAGUGUGACCGUGAUCACUUUCUGUUUUCAGUAAUGAACGAAAAACCAUUUGCAGAGAGAGGAGAAAAGCGCGUUUCUUUGUUAGACUCCACCGCUCCGGGCUCGGUGUGAACUCGCCUCCCGGCUGCGAGAGCAGGACGCGGACGCGUCGGUGACUCCAGAGCGUGGACCGAAAAGGGGGACGACUGGAAGCUAUUGUUCGGACCCCUGGAAAAACAAGGCAACAGAGGAUGCAAACAGUGCACGCCGGCACUGAGAAUUAAGGGAGAGUUUUCAAACGUGUUUUUUAUUACGAGAGCUCCAUCAGCAAGACGAACUUAACUCCUCGACUCAACGAUGAUGGGAGCUGCAGAGCUGAAGGACUGAAGAGAUGCCCAAUUUAACAUGGAUAUAAAAGGGAUACAUAGCAACAUUCAUCGUAGGAGAUGUAAUCAGUGGAUCGGUGAAACAUCUGGAAAGGAAAAAGCUAGAACUCUGCACACCUGUGACUGGAAUUGAGCCUCUACUGACCUAAGACCAAUAAAAUGGGGUUGCUAUGGAAACUUGUACUGGUUCUGUCAAUGGUAGAGUGUCUUUCAGGAAGUGGAGUCCUACUGAAGCCUGUGUUCACCAAGCAGCCGGGCAGCGUGGUGUUUCCCAUUCAUCCCGGUGAAAUGCGCAGGGAGGUUGUGUUUAGCUGUGAGGCCCAAGGGCACCCUCCGCCCAUCUACAGGUGGAAGCUAAACGACUCUUUCAUCCUGCCCAGCCCGGGGUCACGCUACUCUCUCAUGGGUGGAAAUUUACACAUCAGCCAACUGAAUAAAGAGGAAGAUGUUGGUGUCUAUCAGUGUCUGGCAUCAAACUCUUUCGGCACAAUCAUCAGCAGAGAAGCCAGUCUCCACGUAGCCUACUUGGAGAAUUUCAAAACCCAGAGACGAAGUCCAGUGAGAGUCCGCGAAGGUCAGGGAGUGGUCUUAUUGUGUGGACCACCCCCACACUCUGGAGAACUUACCUUCACAUGGAUCUUCAAUGAGUACCCAUCUUUUGUCAUCCAGGACACACGCCGAUUUGUGUCCCAGAAGACAGGCAACCUCUACAUCGCAAAAGUGGAGCCCUCUGAUGUGGGCAAUUAUACAUGUGUGGUCACCAACACCGUCACCAAAAGCAGUGUUCAAGGACCGCAAACGCCUUUAGUCCUGCGGCUUGACGGUGUGAUGGGAGAAUACGAGCCAAAGAUCGAGGUGCAGUUUCCUGAAGUUGUCCCUGUGGCUAAGAGUUCAACUGUCAAACUGGAGUGUUUUGCUCUUGGAAACCCAGUGCCAAAAGUCAGCUGGAAAAGAGUGGAUGGUCCCGCCUUUGGCAGGAAAGUGGACGUAAAUAAAGGCAGUGGCGUUUUAGAGAUCCCUUAUUUCCAACAGGAGGAUGCAGGGAUAUACGAAUGUGUGGCUGAAAACAGCAGAGGAAGAAACUCGGUUAAAGGAAAGCUUUCUUUUUAUGCUGCACCUCAGUUGAUCGAGAAGCCUCAGGAUGUUCAGAAAACCAUUGAUGAAACUCUGGUGUGGGACUGCAAAGCCACCGGAAAGCCCAAACCCUCAUACCGCUGGCUGAAGAAUGGAGAGCCUCUGGACCCCAUGGAGCAGGACAGAGUUCAGGUGAAUAAUGGGGUGAUGACGAUAAGCAGCUUGAAUUUGGCUGACAUAGGAAUGUACCAGUGCAUGGCAGAGAACAAGCACGGAAGAAUCUUCACCAACGCAGAGCUUCGAGUCAUUGCCAUUGCACCAGACUUCUCUCAGAAUUUGUUGAAGGCCCAAACUUUAGCCCGACAGGGUGGUGAUGUUCUUAUUGAAUGCAAACCCAGGAUGUCUCCUCGGGGUGUAAUUUCAUGGAGGAAGGGGAAGGAAGCCCUGCGAGAGAGCCACAGAGUUAUGGUGUUGGAUAAUGGGAGCCUCCGGAUAUCCAAUGUUACCAAAAUGGAUGCUGGCCUGUACACCUGUGUAGCCAGAAACCAGUUUGGAGUAGCAAGCAGUGCUGGAAGCCUUUUGGUUAAAGAGCCGACGGUGAUCACCAGUCCGGCUGGUCACCUAGAUGUGACUGUGGGGGAAAGCAUUGUCCUUCCCUGUCAAGUUUCACAUGAUCCAAGUCUUGAUCUUAAGUUUACCUGGUUCUUCAAUGAGCAGCUCAUCCACUUCGGAAGCCACGGGACUUAUUUUGAGAAAGUCGGCGGGAGGUCUGCUGGAGAUAUUAUGAUCCGGAAUAUUCAACUGAGGCAUGCUGGGAAAUACACAUGUGCCGUUCAGACCAAGGUGGACAGUGUAUCCAUCGCCACAGAUGUGGUCAUCAGAGGUCCUCCGGGCCCACCUGUGGACUGUCAGGUUACCGAGAUGACAGAGACUUCUGCCUCUGUUUCCUGGGGACCUGCAAUGGACAACCACAGCCCCAUCCUCAGCUACACCAUCCAGGCCAGAACGCCCUUUUCCCUCGGAUGGCAGGCUGUUACCACCGUUCCUGAACGACUAAGGGGGAAGCAGCUGUCAGCUACUGUCUUUGACUUGAGUCCCUGGGUGGAGUAUGAGUUCAGAGUUUUGGCAACCAACGCCAUAGGAACAGGAGAGCCCAGCAAGCCCUCCAAAAAAGCCCGCACCAAAGAAAUGCGUAUGUAUCAUAUCUUUCCCAGGAUGACUCCUCCAAGGGUGAAUGGUGGUGGUGGAGGACGUUCAGAGUUGGUCAUCACUUGGGAACCUGUCCCAGAGGAGCUGCAGAGUGGUCCUGGCUUUGGAUAUGUGGUGGCGUUCCGCCCACUCGGCACGCAGGGCUGGAUGCAGGCCGCUGUCACAUCUCCCGACGCUUCAAGAUAUGUCUUCAAGAAUGAGAGCAUACCUCCCUUCACCCCGUACCAAGUGAAAGUUGGAGUCUACAACAACAAGGGAGAAGGCCCUUUCAGCCGCAUAACCACAAUCUACUCAGCCGAGGAGGAGCCCAGCAGAGCUCCGGGGAGGCUCAGGGCCAGGAGCAUAUCCGCAUUUGAGGUAGAGGUCACCUGGAAGCCACUGUCCUGGAGCAACAACCGCAGACGUAUCCUAGGCUACGAGCUGCGGUACUGGGGAGAGAAAGAAAAUCAGGAUACAGCGAGUGUGAUCAGGACGGUGGGGAAUAAAACGUCAGUGCUCAUCAGGGAUCUGCAGGGCAGCAGUACCUAUUACUUGUCCCUACGGGCGUAUAACAGCGCCGGAGUCGGGCCACCGAGCGCCACAGUCAAUGUCACAACCAAGAAACCACCCCCCAGUCAAGCGCCAGUAAAAAUCAUGUGGAACACUUCCAACUCCAAGGUUAUCCUGAGAUGGGACCAAGUGCAUGCCCUGGAGAAUGAGUCAGAAGUCACAGGUUAUAAGGUGAUGUACAGCAAGGACAAACACAGUCGCCCCAGUGUGGUCGAGACCAACAACACCUCCUUGGAGUUGUCUCUGCCAGUCAACCAAGACUAUGUGAUCCAGAUCAAACCCUUCAGUGAGGGCGGGGAAGGCAUCAGCAGCCGUCAGAUAACCAUCCCCAAGAUCGAAGGCUCCACGGCGACGGGAGCAGCCUCGGCCUCCGGGGCAAUUGCUUGGGUCUCCUUUUCAGCCUUAAUCUUCACAGCCAGAGUGAUACUAUGACAAACAUGCAGGCAUUACAGCUGCUUAUUCAGAGGAAAACAGCAGGUCAAAGACAACACAAGGCCAAUGGCCACAUUUCAACCUGCUCCUUUCCCUACUGUGUCUUUCCUCUUCUCUCCACAAAGAGUGUUUUUGUGAGGAAAAUGCCUUUCCCCUACCUUUCUUAAGCGGUUGCUGAAAGGAACUGGCUCUUUCAGAAGUUGCUUUUACAGACCUGAAAAGACGCUGUGACCCGACAGACUGCAGUUUCUUAAAAGAAAAAAACUUUAUUUUUUUCUUGCUACCUUCUUGACCCGUGGAUACUCUCUCGUGGUUUUCACCUCGGAGGAUACUCUAGGACAUGAAUAUGUCUCCUCAACGGGGCUGUUUGGGUUCUGUUCAUAGGGUGUGAAAUAUGUACGGCAUCUACUUCAGCAUUUUUCGUCGGUGAUUGGAUUUUAACAUAACUGAAAAUGGAAGACUUAAAUUAAUUAAAUCCUUAUGUGAAAGAAGUUUUGUUUAAGCUUGCUUUCAAAACAGGAAGAGCUAUAUUGUUUUGUUUUUUUAAUUGCUCUGUCAAAAAAAAAGAAAAAGAUUGAAAAAAAAAAAACGUAUGCUAGUCUUCAUUGCUUUGUGACAAACCAGAAUUUGGGACCUUUCCAACUUUGCCGGAACUUCAUUCUUCAUUUUGCAUUUUUACAUAAAACUGAGUGGAACCAAAGGUACGACAUCAACAAGGUUCGGCUCCUCCUGCUCUAGCUUACCAAAAGGCAGUCUGUACCCCCCCUGUCUGGCUCCCAUUGUAAAAAGCUGAACUGUGUUGAUAAUCACUGUCUUACCUUGCUGCCUCAUCCAUGGUGAGUGUGUAACUAUGGCGCAUAUGUAUAAAAUCCUCAGGUCCCAAAUGAGCCUUAAGUCUUAUGAUUAGAAUCCAUGUUUUUAUCAUUCAAGAGAAGCUUUAUUUAUUACGCUUUCCUUUUCUAUUUAUCCAUAUUGUAUUUUGGCUCAUGUGAUUUUCAGUUUAGCAGAUUUCUAGAUCAUGUCUUUAGGUGUUUUGGGCUAACAAAGAGCAAGCUUUUCUCUCAUUUCCUUCCUGAUGAGUAUUGUAACAGUGGCAGUGAUUUCUGACUUCUCCAACAUAGCUCAUCACGCAGUAGGGAUGGUAUUUGACUGUCAUUUGCUGUUGGGGUUGAGAUCCGCCAGCGUAUGUACUUUGCUGAGAGGUGUCUGGACCAGCUUUUAAUAAAAGAUAAUGCC